UUUGGACUUGGAUGAGACUUCAAAGCGACUGCGAGUUAAUCCCAGAGUAAAUGAGGAGCUGCGCCAGCGUCUGCCUUCACCCUCCAGACAGCACCUUACCGACACAAACAGAUCAGGAAGCAGCCUGAGCCUGGACCGCAGCUCACCUCAGGCUCCUUACUGUCUUCAGGAGUUUCCAGUCUGUUGCUCUCCAUCCCCUGACUGUUCUCCUGGCUGUAGGACUGCCUCUCCUGUGGCACCUUCAUCCAUCAAGACCUCUUUAGCUGCAUUGCCUUCAAGCUUUCCAGGAGGUACCGGUGAGAUGGAAGCGGACAUCCCGCCGAGCAGCGAUCCUUUUCCUUGGGCAGAGAGCUCAGGGGACUGCUUAGAUGAAGAAGCUACAUUUAGACAUACAAACAGUCCUGACCUUGGACGAAACCUUCUCCCCGCUGGCAACAGCUGUCCUCAGAUUUCUGCAUCCACCCCACAUCGGCCUGUGGAUCGAGCCCGAAACAUCUCGUUCCUCCUGAAGGAGCUGGACUCUCUGAGGGAACUCAACAGCAAACUUCAACAGCAGAUGGUUCAGAAGGAGAAGGAGCUGUUGCAGAAGGAGGUGGACGAGGAGCUGAAAGAGCAGCACAGAGAAGCCCAACACUGGGAGAGACCCACAGCGGUGUUGGAGGAGUUGUUGGCGGCUCAGAAGGACAGGGAUCAGGCUCUGAUGUCACGACUACUGCUGGCCAAUGAGGAGAGAGACGAAGCUUUACUCCGCGCCCGCAGACUGCAGCAGGAAGCUGAGUCAGAUGAUAUCAGCCUGCAGGACGCUGAUAUGGACAUCAAAGAUCUCCUCCAGCAUGUCUGUGAGGCCGACUCGGUCCAGGAAGUGAGACAGUACGGCACAGCUCUAGUUCAGCAUCUGCGGCUUGCACAGCAACGAAGAAAUGACAUCACUGCUCAGGAGAUGAAGGCCGUGAUGGAGGAGAGAGACAAAUCUGUUGACAAAUGCAAAUGGCUGAAGGAGGACCUGCUUCACCAGAAGGACCAAUCAGUCCAGCAGGAGGAGCUACUGAGACUGCAGAAGGAGAGAGAUGCCGCUCUGGAUGACAUACACCGACUGGAGGCUGAGAUUCAGGCAUUACAAGCCAAUGCCAGCUCUCAGGACUACGUCACGGCUUCCCAGCCAUCACUUCUGGCUGAGUCUUCUGCAGAUCAUAAGGACUUGUCCUCUCAGGUCCAGAAACUGGCGGUCCAGCUGCAGCAGCUGAACAGGGAGAAGGAGAACACCGAGGCAGAGCUUCAGCGCAGCCAGGAGGCAGAGCAGGAAGCUAGUGAGAGAGUUCGAAGGUUGGAGCGUCUGGUGGAAGUGUUGAGGAAGAAAGUUGGAGCAGGAAGUCUUCGUGGCGUCAUCUGAUCCAUCUUUUGGACACUCUUGUUUAAAUCCUUUUUAUGGAGCUGAACUGAUGUUUUUUUUAACUGUUAAAGUUUUUCUACUUUUUCAUCAUUAGAACUUAGUUAUAUGUAGUAGCAGCAAUCGGAAUUAAGCAAUAGAACAUUUAUGUCUUGAUUAGUUUUUGGAUGUUGCAGUGUAAAACGUGCUUCCAGCAGGAAAAUAGAAAGCCGUUUCUGUCUCUUUCAGUCAUAGCGCUGUUUCAUCUACUGUGUCUUCCUCUCCUUGGCUGGAUGCAGAGAAUUAAAUAAAAGUUAGCAAUUAGCUCAUUAGAUCUUGUUGUUGCACAGAAAUGUGAGUUUUCUUGUAUUGUUAAUAUGUCAAUUUAUUUCUACAGUGGUUUUUAUUUUCAACAAUGUCUAUUGUUUAAAACUUUUCUCUGUUCUGGUGCUUCUAAAUAAAGUGGAAGUGUUCAAAAGGUUAA